AGAGAGUUCGACUUCGCGGCUUCGCCCCAGUUUCGGGUGAAUGAAGUGGGUAAGACCACCCAAUGCAUUAACCCAAAAUUGGGCUGAUAGAACAACCGUGGCCCAGGCAAAACAAACCAAUCACCCAUCAGAAGUUCCCAAAAUUUACCACACAGGCUGAGGAGGGAACCCUAGAGCGAGGAUCGUCCGGCGGCCGAGGAGGACGGCGAGAGGUGGCGUGGGUGAAUGGGUUCUUUCGUUGAUUCCGUGAAGAACUGAGUUUUGUGAGGAAAAUCAGAGAAAAUCCGAGAGCAAGCAAACAUGAAUACAAUCAGGUCACUAAAACCUCUCCUCGGAUCGACCGUAAUUGGUUUCAGAAACCUCUCAGCUUCAUCAUCUUCGUCGCUGAUCCAUCAUCAACGUCAAAUUUUCCACAACCCUCACUAUCAGAUGACGAUUCCACUGUUACAGUGCACAUCAACAUCCAUCCGCAGAUUCAGUGACAAUUCGUACAAGAAGAGGCGUCCAUGGAAUUUCGGCUUCUUGAUUGUACCCGAAAAGAAGGCUUACAUUGUUGAACGCUUCGGGAAGUACUUCAAAACCCUAGAGCCCGGAAUCCACUUUUUUCCUCCGAUAGCUUACCGGGUGGCUCACGUCCACUCGCUCAAAGAAGAAGCUAUCCAGAUCCUGGACCAGUCCGCUACAACGAAGGACAAUGUUCCCAUCUCCGUAGAUGGCGUGCUUUGUAUAAGAAUUAUAGAUCCAAUUCUGGCCUCCUAUGGCGGAGGCGGCGUUGAGGAUCCGAUUUAUGCUGUCGUCCAACUCGCGCAGGCCACAAUGCGGAGCGAGAUAGAGAAAAUCACUCUUGACAAAACUUUUGAAGAGCGAGAAAGACUAAACAAGGAGAUUCUCGAAGCCAUUAAUACCAGGCCUCUUCGUACAGUUUGGGGUUUGGAGUGUCUUCGCUAUGAAAUCAAAGAUAUAACUCCUCCUGCUGGUGUGAAGGAAGCUAUGGAUUUACAAGCUCAGGCAGAGCGAAGUAAAAGGGUCGAGAUUAUUAAUUCAGAGGCAGAUCAACAAAAAAACAUUAACAUUGCUGAAGGACACAGAAUAUCAACGAUUUUGGCGUUAGAGGCAGCUAAGAUAUCUAAGAUUAAUAGAGCGAAUGGAGAAGCUGAAGCGGAAAUCGCUAUAGCAGAAGCAAAGGCGAAAGGUAUCGAGGAGGUGUCAAGAGCAAUGAAAGAAGCAGCAAUUGUUGUAGAAGAAGCAAAGAAGAAAGGUAUUGAGGAGGUGUCAAAAGCAAUGAAAGAAGUUGGUGGUGCGAAGGAGGUGAAUUUGAUGGACGCAGAGAAGUUCAUGACCGAGUUACAUGAUAGUUUCAAGGGUAAAUUACUUUGACCUUUCUUGAAGUUUGGCUUAAUUACUAUCAGAUUAAAGUUGUAAAAAAAUACGAGUCAACCUCCCCUUGGUAUUGAGGAGGUAUCAAAAGCAAUGAAAGAUGCGGCAAUUGUUGUAGCAGAAGCAAAGAAGAAAGGUAUUGAGGAGGUGUCAAAAGCAAUGAAAGAAGUAGGUGGUGCAAAGGAGGUGAAUCUGAUGGACGCAGAGAAGUUCAUGACCAAGUUACAAGAUACUUUCAGGGUAAAUUACUCUGACCUCUCUUGAAGUUUGGCUUAAUUACUCUCAUAUUAAAGUUGUAAAAAAAUACAUGUCAACCUCCCCUUGGUGAUAGUUGACCGUCAAUCCCGUUAAAAGACCAUUCUUAAAUUCCUAAAAUGCCCUCAUGUACAGUCUCCUCUCUCCCUCCCUCACAUAUUCUCACUCCCCCUCAAUACUUACCUCUCACUAAUGCCCUUUCAAGCGUCUUCAAUCCAUUCAACUUAACAACUCACCACCUGGUUUCUACAUCAAACCAGAAUGCUGGAAUGACCUUAUUUUGUGGAGUUUCUACCAACUGGAGUUCUACAGGUUUUCUGGUCCACAAGCUACUGUUUUCUGUUGCACUUUAUUUCAUCUGGCUUGAGAGAAAUGCUAGGGCUUUCAGAAAUAGAUCUUCCUCUCCUCUCCACAUUGUUGAUCAGAUAAGGAAAUGUGUCAGAGGGCGAUUAGCUUCAAUCAUGCUGAGGUACCCGGCUGAUAAUUUGGAAGACCUACAACAUCUCUUCUUGGAGGGAUGCAAUUUUGCCCCUUGGUCAUGUUGACGCUGGUAUGCAUUCUUUAAUUGACUUUGCCUCUGCUGUGAAGGUCUGUUCUGUUAGGUUCAUUUUGCUGACAAGCCUCACCAUUGUUACAAAAAUGUUUUUUUUUAAAAAAAAAAAAAAAUCUAUUUGCGCAUGAACAUUUAUUGUAUUUCUAAUUGGUUAUAAAAAAAACUUGUUGAUUUGGAUUUGAAAACUAAAAAUACAA